CGCGUUCCAAGCCUCGCUGUGACCACAGGACACACGGGGUUGCCUUAGUCAGGUUUUCUGGUGUACUCCGCUGUCUUCUUCAGACUGCGUUCCGUUGUUCCUGCGUCACACCGCUAUUAUGUUUACUCAUCUGACGAAACUAUCUGCGUUCCAAGCCUCGCUCUCCCUACAGGAAACACGCGGCACUCCAUAAGGUUCUAUGUUGUCCCCUACCGGAAGCGUCUGAGCAACCUCGCGGCACUUCCGGGUUCCAAGCCUCGCUCUCACACCCGCUGUUUCCCAGUGUAUGUAUCAAUGCAAGAAAAAUGGGGGAUCUUAUGAGGUGUAAUGUGUGCUUUCUGAAGCCCAGAAGAUCAUCAUCCCGGCUUGCUAUCACAAACUGUGGCCAUGUACUGUGUGACGCCUGCCUACAGAAAGGUAAAAAAGAAGAAUGUGGUGUGUGCAGAUCUCAUUGUCAAAUGAUAUUUCUUUCUAAUGAGACAAACCCGGAUAUCAAAAUGCUUUUCAUGGACAUUAAGGUGCUUUGCAACAACUACUCUAAGGAGUUCACACAGGUUUUAGAGUUUCAGGAUAGCCAUAGACGCAGGUUGCUAGCACAUUACAAAGGACAGAGAGCAAAGUUGGAAGAGACAGUGAAAGAAUUGACCCAACAAUUACAAAGCAUAAGAUCUUCUCAGUCAUAUAAUCAGUUGCCACCUUCAAGUGCAUUACUGAAUUUUGGUCCUGAAAGCCAUCAUGCAUUUUCUCCUUAUUCUCAUCCUGUAUCAUCACAACGACCAAAUGUCAGACCUGCUGAAUCAGUGGAUUUUUCUUUAAGCACACCUCAGAAGAAAACAAAUUUUACUAUUGCUGCACCAACCAGACUGUCACUGAUAACCUCCCCCCGUGAGAGAUGCCUAGGUCAAGUUCCCCACAAAAUGAAUACUACCGGCUCAUUAAGGUCUACUGGUGGCUCCUUGCAGCCCAACAUCUAUCACCAGCUGUCACAGUCGGCAUCACAGAUGGACCGGAGAGGUUCCUGGAACUUCUCAAGCCCGGGAGUAUCUCAGCUGCUUUCCCAGACACCAGCCUCUUCCCAAUCCUCGAAGGUGCGACAGCCAAUUACCCUUACCAACAUCCUGCAGCGCCGCCAUUAAGAAUCUGUAUACACCGAAAGCACAGCAAUGUUCUCUGUUGAUGUUCCUUCUUGUCCUUUGUCUUUUUCACAUGCUUACAGGAUAGCUAAACCCAAGAAUAAAUAUGUUAUAUAAUGCAGUUUAC